AUGGUUGGAUUUAAAGGGCGGUCUGGAAUUAAGCAAUAUAUGCCAAUGAAACCAGUAAAAAGAGGAUUUAAGAUAUGGGCUAUAUGUUGUGCAAUAACUGGUUACUUACUUAAAUUUAUUAUAUAUGAAGGAAAAAAAGAUUCUAAGGAAAAAGGAUCUCUAGGUGAAAAGACAGUACUGGAAAUGACUAAUAACUAUCAAGAUAAAGGAUAUUGUGUAUUUUUUGACAGAUUUUUUUCCAGCAUAAAUCUUGUUUCAGAAUUACUAAAAAGAAAAAUAUUUGCUUGUGGAACUAUGUUACAAAAUAGAAAAUAUUUUCCUAAAACUUUAUUGAAAGCAGAUAAAUCUCUUAGUAUGGGUGAUUAUGAUUUUGCUUCAUCAGGAGAAAUUUCAGUAUAUAAGUGGAUGGACAGAGGGAAAAAACCUGUAGUUGUAGUAUCAUCUAUUCAUAAGGGAGAAGAUAUUACAGUGGUUAAGAGAAAAAAAUAA